AAUAACUCCGAGUAUUUUUCAGGUCUUUUGAUCGGCAGCACAACGUCAUUUUCCCGUUGCCACCAUUCUUCCUCCUGUUGUAUUACACUUCCCUAACGAUCCUUGAUGAAUCUUCGAAGCUCCGGGAGGCACAUAUUCGAAUGUUUUCCGCGCGAAGCGGACGACACAUCCACGUGACCGUCCAAGCGUGCAAGAUGACAGGCGUCGCGGCGCAUGGCGUUGCGUGUAGAAGAUGUUACUGCCGUCGCCGUAAAUACGAUAACGACAGAGUACACGUCAAUCUAUUCUUAUCAGUUAUGAUAAGUUACGAAAGUGCGCGUCAUAUGUCUCAACAAGGACCAAUACCUACGGAAUUCCACCCGUGUCUCCCAUCCGUGCGUUUCUUAACCUGGCGACCGCCAUGAUACACACCAACGCGACAUCGGCGCCGUCGCACCCGGCAUCGCAGCGUCGUCCGUGCGUGCGUGGCUGAUGUAAACAAGUCGUCGUCACCGUUGCUGCUGCAAAUCACACAGAUCCUUCGCAUCAGCAGCUCGGAACGCUCAGAUGUUAAUUGAUGAGUACUCAGAUGGCAAAGGGCAAACCACAGGAAAAAGUUACCAAACGCCAAGUUAAACCUAAAACGAAUAAGAGCUUACAGUUGCCAAUGAAUUUUAUAAUUGUCACUGUGAGCAUGGCUGUUGCCAUUUGGUUUGGAUACAAGGGCUACCUCGAAACGAGAGUUAAUACUCCAUAUGAUGUAAACAAGUUAGUUACUGUAUCUGGAUUGGAUGUCCCGGAUCGAUAUUGGGGUACCUACCGAUCUGGUGUAUAUUUCGGUUUAAAAACAAGAGAUCCGCAUUCCCUAGUGACUGGUUUAAUGUGGUAUUUUCCACGUUUUCUACGCCACGAUGGAAGUGGAUUUAGACAUUGGUGUGAGCAAGGUGAUCAACUUGAAAGAUACGCGUGGUUGGAACACGACGGACGAACAUUUGGCGUUCAGGAAAUAAUAGAUAAUCCUGUAGUUAUAAAAACAACAUUUGUCAAGAGACCAGGUGGAUAUCAUGGUGGUGAUUGGACCGCGAGAAUUUCAGUGUCGUCGAAAAAAGAACGAGUUAACGAAGAAAUGUCGUUGUUAUUUUACACCGCUAUCGAGGAAGGCACAAAAGGUUGGAUAAAGGCCAACCUAGGAGACUACAAUCGUUUAACAGGAAUAGAAGGAAAUACGCAGGGAUUGGGAUCUUUUGUCAUAAACGUGAAUUUAAUAAACGGCACCGUGGAAGAGCAUUCCUUCCUAGCUACGGUCGCUCCCGGUCUAAAUGUAUUAAAGGAAACAGUUUUGCAGAAUCUUCGUGUCGCAACUCAGAAGGGAUCCAUGGAGAAGCAUAUAGUUUUAGCUGGAGAACAAUUGCCUUUGUUGCUCGAAGGCAACAAAAAGGAUCCGAAUUUUGUCGUCACACAAGUGACGGGAAAAAUCCCUUUUGAGAUCGAAAUUAGUUACGAGUCUGGCAGUUUUAGUAACAGGAUGGAUAAAUUAACAGGCGACAACUACAACGAAGCUCUUGAAAAACACCGAGAACUAUUCUCAAAGAAAUUCGAAAGCGUCUUUAAAUUGAAGUUCAAAGGAUACACAGAUGACGAGGUGGCGUUCGCGAAGAUGGCCUUCUCGAAUCUCAUAGGUUCGAUAGGCUACUUUUACGGAACGUCGCAGGUACAAAGCACGUAUACGCAGGGACCCGUGCCUUACUGGAAAGCACCUUUGUAUACUGCCGUACCAAGUAGAAGCUUCUUCCCGCGAGGUUUCUUGUGGGACGAGGGCUUUCACGGUUUACUUAUCUCAGUCUGGGAUAUGGAAAUAGAAUUAGAUAUUAUAAGUCAUUGGUUCGAUCUGAUGAACGUUGAGGGAUGGAUACCGAGAGAGAUGAUCCUUGGUCAAGAGGCUGUAGCCAAAGUACCCGAGGAGUUCAUAACUCAGAUGAACACAAACGCGAAUCCGCCGACGUUCUUCUUAACUUUGGACUUCAUGCUUCAACAUAAAGAAGAGGAAUUGCUGAAACAUAAUUUCCGGUUGCUCGAUAAAUUGUAUCCACGGCUGCAGACGUGGUUUUCGUGGUUCAACGUCACGCAAGUCGGUGAGCUCUCUGGUACAUACAGGUGGCGAGGCAGAGACGAAAAAACUACCAGGGAGCUAAAUCCAAAAACGCUCACAUCCGGCCUGGACGAUUAUCCCAGAGCUUCCCAUCCGAGCGUCGACGAGCGUCACGUCGAUUUACGCUGCUGGAUCGCGUUCGCUGCUCGUGUUAUGGCUAGAAUCGCUGAAACAUUAAGUUACUCCGCCACGAAAUACCAAGAGACAUUCAAAUAUCUAUCCGACAAUAAUCUGUUGAACAAGCUACAUUGGUCGCCAAAUGCGCAAGCAUAUUCCGAUUACGGCUCGCACACCGACAAGGUGGUUCUGCGGAAGCUCACGCCACCGCCUCCCCGUAAACAGCAAUCUAGCGUGUCACCGCCACCAGAAAUGACGCGCGUCGUACUGGAAAAUCCAUCUUUAAAGUUCGUCGACACGACGUUUGGAUACGUAUCAUUGUUCCCUUUCAUUCUGCAAAUUCUCGAGCCCGAUUCACCGCAACUUGGGAAGGUACUGCAAGAUCUCCGGGAUCCUGAUUUGUUAUGGACUAAGUAUGGAUUACGUUCGCUCGCGAAAACGUCACCUUUAUACAUGAAAUACAAUACAGAAUACGAUGCGCCUUAUUGGCGCGGUCCCAUCUGGAUAAACAUAAAUUAUCUGACAGUGCGGGCUGCGUAUUAUUAUUCUAACGUGACCGGACCUUACCAGGAAAGCGCGAAAAGAAUAUACCAAGAGUUACGAAAGAAUUUGAUACAAAAUAUUAUUAUGCAAUAUAGAAAAACUGGAUAUAUGUGGGAGCAUUACGACAACACUGAGGGAAAAGGCAAAGGAAGUCACCCUUUCACCGGCUGGACUUCCUUGGUUGUAUUGCUUAUGGCAGAAAUAUAUUAAGUGUCACGCUCAUUAAAUUCGUUUCAUUCAAAACUAUUUCGCUAAAGAUGUGAAAUCAAAAGACAUUAAGGUUUUUGAAGUUAUAAGAUGUAUCUAUUGAUAGAUACUCAAUUUGCGUAUCUAGAUAGAAAAUUGGCAAUUAUAUAAUUAAAUUGUUUUAAUUUUAUAUUUUACUAUUUUGCGUUACACACACACAUACAUACACACGUGUGUAUUAUAUCAUACUUUAUGUGAUGUUAUAUAGAAAUCAUUGUGUUGUCUGUGAAAAAAAUGUUUGUAAACAUAUUAAACUGUUAGAUGUAUGAUGACUCGCACAUACCAUUUACAUUAAUUGAAAAGAUAUUCUUUAAUAUCUUAAUGGCCUGAUAUUCUUGAUAGCUAAAUCUAAAUUCCAGAUUGAAGGUAAUUUUUUCUAACAAAAACGUUGCUUACAGUGUUACUAUAAAUGUUAAAAAUAAGAUAAUAUUUUAAGAAUAUAUAAUUUUCAAUUUUUGCAUUUGUCACACAUGUCACAUAAGUUUUUGUAUUUGUUUUUGUAUUUUAAAUGGAUACAGUACACAAUAUCAUAAUUUAAAUGGGAUAUUCUACAUUCUUAUUAAAGAUGUAUGUUAGAUAAGACAAAUUAUUUAUUUUCACAUUUGAUUUUCUUAUUUUGUUAAUAUUACGAAUUCUGUACACACACACACACACACACACACACACACACAUAUAUAUAUAUAGUUAUCAUGUUAUAGUUUUGUAAAAUCGCACAAUAAGGUAAUGGUACUGUACAAUUAUCAAGAAGAAAAAAGCUAGAUUUCAAAUGCUGGCUGUGAUUCACUGAAAACUUAUAUAUUCCAAUAAUUCUUAAGCUCUUUCUGAGUGCUGUGUUUUAUAUCAUAAUAAUAUAACUCGAAACAUACUUAUUUUUAUGAUUGUCUAAAAAGAAACUCCUUGCUAAUCUAGCCAUCGUUUUCUAAAUCGUUUUCAAAAGAAAGUUUGAGCAGCAUGUACAUUAAUAAAAUGUUAUUUACAUUGAGAUGAAAAAA